AUGUCAUCAGAAGAGACUGGAUCAGAAGAGACUGGGUCAGAAGAAACUGGACCAGAAGAGAGCUGUUCUGAGGCAGAGGGCUCUGGCGAUGACGGUCUGGAUGAUCUUGAUACUAGACGUCUAGGUAGUUAUGAAGAGGGAGACUCAGAAGCAGAUGAACUCGGGGAAGAGACCGGAGAAGAGCAUUCGAAUGAAGAAGAUUGCUCCCCAGAAGAGACCGGCGGGGAAGGGGAGGAGGACGACGAUGAAAGAUAUCAAAACGAGGAAGAGGCGCGUCCCUCAAUCAAAGCCGAAAGGAUUGCACAGAUUGCAGACCAAGAGAUCCUCAAUACAGAAUCCAGAUAUUGGGCCCCUGUGGAGCGGAACACAGGAGCAACGAUAAAACAAGAAAGCCGCCCUAGUGUAGCGAGAAGUUUACCAAGAAAAUCGGCAUCGAUAUCUGCCGAUGAGGAUAAUGACAUGCGCAUCGCGAGUGGAACUCAUAUCCAAGACGAAAGACAACCGAGCGACCGCAGUGAGGCGGAUUCCAAAGAUGAGCUUUGCAACGGGGUCAAAAGCGAAAGUAGAAUACAUGCACAAGAUGCCGCACGCUUGGGGAACGACAUCGAACGCUCUAAUGUUGUCAAAACGUAUUAUCCACGCACACCCAUUCCACCCCUCGAGUUUCCGGGUUCUGUCACACUCAGAUUUAGCAGUCCUCAGGAUUGGGAGCGACGAUGGCAUAGGGCACAGCGUCGCACAGGCAUACGCAUGGUCAUUUUCGAACCAAGCUUUGCUGUCACAGUUGCCGAAAUCAACAUGCUAGCUUGGUCACCAGCAGCAUUCAGUUCAUCUAUUCUCGCGAUCCGCGUGGGCAACGGUGCCCUGCUAGACGAACAGUCUAUUACCAACCUCGCCGCGAAUAUGGCGCAGUUAACACAGGUGCAAAUCGAUUUGGCUCCAAAUAUUGGUGACCAAUCCAUCAUGAGUCUUAUUGAGUUCUGUCCGGCCAUUGGAUACAUUGAAGUAUGUGGGGAUGUACUCACGAGACGAUCUGGUGGUGUGACUUUGCGUAACCUCGACGCGAUAUUGAUUGCAAAUGAAGAUAAGGCCCAACGUCUUCGUAAUCUCGUGCUCGUAGAUCAGCUGGUGGAAGAAAAGAGCGUGGAAGCCUGCGAAAAAUUGCGAGCAAAUCUGAAAAUUAUACGUGGACAUCAGACACGAGAGGAAAUUGUGCCGGGAAGCAGGGCUUAG